AUGGCUCUCACCACCUCUCGAAAAGCAGUCGACUUUAUCACUCUUCAUGCACAUCCAGAGGCGUUAUCUAAUGAGCAUCCAGCCAAUAAUGAAUGGCUAAAAGUAGAAGCGUUACCAGGGAAAGGUCGUGGAUUCGUUGCGAGACGCCAUAUACCUGCUGGCACAGUUGUAUAUACAGCUCACCCACUUGCUGUUGCUGUAUCUCAAGAAUGGAUUCCUGAGACGUGUGCAUGGUGUUUUGCUUUCUCUUAUCCCAAAAGGAUGCGUGUUAAAUCAACGCAUACUAAGGAUGUCAUGUUUUGCUCACCCGAAUGCCAAACUUGCUUUUACCAACAAGGCUAUAAGGAUGAAGCCGACCUUCUCGUACGUGGUUAUCAUGCACUGGAUCAUGUCAAAGAACCAAUGGCAUCAAGCACAGCUGCUUCCGAUCCUCUCGUUGAUAUCAUUCCACCACCACCAUCCAAAGAUUGUAGCGAUACACAACUUGCUGCAUGGCUUGAUGAAGCAUGGUCAACUGUAGCAGCAGCUCCCAGUGACAUGAAUGCUAUGUGGGCUCCCGACCGAGGUGAGCGAACCAUGUGUCGGCUGAUUACAGCUUGUCUUGCUCGAAAACGGUGUCAAGAGGAUUGUUUGUUUUCAUCUACCCCUGAUAUGAUUGGCUUUGAACAGCUAUGGGAAAUGCAAUGUAACGAAUUGGCUUGUGUAAGAGCCAUGCUGCAAACUCAACAACAGGAGGUGCCUACGCAGCUGAUAGAAAUCAUGCAUCUUUAUCUUUACUUGUCUUCCGCUGUUGCUGGAAUCCUUGAUUGCCCACAUGCCCUUUUCAGAGCUAUCUACUUUCGUGAAGCCGCCAACAGUUUUGGUCUUUGGGAAAUGCCUCAUGGGAAUCAACAAGCACAGAUGAUGGAUCAAGGCGUCACCGAUGAUCAAGAGCUCCUAGGAUGGGGUAUUUAUCCAUCGGCUGUCUAUUUCAACCAUGCAUGCAAUGCCAAUAUCGUCAAAAUACGUGAUGGUCGGAGUAUGCGUUUUAUCGCAAAAACAGACAUUCCACUUGGUCAAGAAGCGUGUAUUUCUUAUGGAUCUGUAGGAGAGGCAGUGGAUGAACGAAGAGCCAGAUUGUUAGAGCACUAUCAUUUUUGGUGCGAAUGCAUACGUUGUAAAACCGAGUCAUCAUCAUCAUCAUAA